AUGGACGGGCCUUUGUGGCGCCGCGGCCGACGUCACCUGUCAUCGAUCAGUCUGCGCCCGCGCAUACCGCAUUCGCACACCCACAGCACACGCGCAAACAAAUUCAAAUUUAACGGUACCGAAGAGAAUGCGAGAAAAGUUCGCAUUCCAAUGCAGAUCGGCUCGGCCGGACGCGAAAGGGACGAAAGGGACGACCAUUUGAAUGGAACGCGAGAUUAUUAUCAUGAUAAUUGCCUAGCCGAGCCGCGGACAGAGCAGGGCUGA